CAAUAAAUAAACAAAUAACAGCGACGCGACAGCAAUUACAACACAAUGGUGGCCCCGUCGAAGCUCAGUCAAGUUUUUAGCUACCAAAACUGGGUGCAUGCCAUCUCCGGUGCUGCCGGUGGCUGCAUAGCCAUGAGCACCUUCUACCCACUGGACACGGUGCGUUCCCGCCUGCAACUGGAGGAGGCUGGUGAGGUGCGCAGCACCAUGCAGAUGCUCAAGGAGAUCGUUCUGGGCGAGGGUUUCCAGUCGCUCUACCGCGGACUGGGUCCAGUUCUCCAGAGCCUGUGCAUUUCGAACUUUGUUUAUUUCUACACAUUCCAUGCCCUCAAGGCGCUGGCCUCGAAUGGAAAAGCAUCGCAGCAAAGCGCACUGAAGGAUCUGCUGCUUGGCUGCAUCGCUGGCGUGAUCAAUGUCCUUACAACCACUCCCUUCUGGGUGGUCAACACGCGACUGCGCAUGCGCAACGUGGCCGGGACCUCUGAUGAGGUCAACAAGCACUACAAGAGUCUUGUGGAGGGUCUCAAGUAUGUGGCCAAAACAGAGGGUCUCGCCGGCCUGUGGUCGGGAACGAUUCCCUCGCUGAUGCUCGUCUCGAAUCCUGCGCUGCAGUUCAUGAUGUACGAGCUGUUAAAACGGAACAUCAUGACCUUCACCGGUGGAGAGGUAGGCAGCCUGGGCUUCUUCUUCAUCGGGGCCAUUGCCAAGGCCUUUGCCACGGUGCUGACCUAUCCCCUGCAGUUGGUGCAGACCAAGCUGCGUCAUCGCAGCAAGGAGGCUACAGCCGCACCCUCAACGUCCCGACAGGCGGGCCAAAAAAGCGAGAGCACUCUGGAGAUGAUGAUCAGUAUAUUGCAGCACACAGGAGUUCGAGGUCUGUUCCGUGGCCUGGAGGCCAAGAUUCUCCACACCGUGCUCACUGCCGCGCUCAUGUUCAUGGCGUACGAGAAGAUAGCCAGCACAGUCGGCCUGCUGCUCAAACGGAAUGCAUAGAGGAGGCUCUAGUCUACAUAAUUAUACACACACAUGACUUAGAUACGGAUAUGGCCAGCAUACACUCCAAAGUUAGCCGUUAAGCGUUGAUGGAUUAAAGAAAGAACAAAUUUAACGAGGAA